GCUUUGCGGUAACACGGCUCUGCGUCCGCGCCGCGUAUUACGUAUGUGCCAGUAAAAAUGGAGUCCAAAUUAAAUUACAAAGACACUCGCAUACAGGACAGUGAUAAAACCAAUAUAAAUCUGACGACACCGUUCUCAAUAAACGACAUUCUGACUAGAGAGAAUGAAUCCAAGUGCAAUUUUGAAAAUGGAAUGUUUUGCUCGGACGCGUUCGGCGGGAAAAUGAAAUGUCACAAACCGGCCAGUUACAAUAAAGACGAUUAUAAGAAAGAGGCCACUGAAAAGAGUAUGAAUUACUACGACGAUAAUUAUAAGGAUUACACUGAUGAUGGAGCCAUUGAUAUGUCUAGGAAGAAUAAUUUCCCAGUCACAGAAUUAUCCGAUGACUACGACUCCCGCUCGUCCAACACUGGCUCUCCGCGACGUCACUCCUCCCCCUCCUGCGACGGCUACCGGCCCUUCAUACAGUACGACAGGAAGUGCAGCACCCCCACAGACUCUAGACACGGGUACAUGGAGUACACACAGAACAGCGGGCGCAAGAAACGCUCCAGGGCCGCCUUCUCCCACGCUCAGGUGUACGAGCUGGAGAGGAGAUUCAGUCAACAGAGGUAUCUAUCGGGACCAGAGCGCGCUGACCUCGCCGUCAGUCUGAAACUGACGGAGACGCAGGUCAAGAUCUGGUUCCAGAACCGACGGUACAAGACUAAGAGGAAACAGAUGCAGUUACAAGAGAGCGGCUUACUAGCGAACCACGCGAGGAAGGUGGCUGUGAAGGUGCUGGUUAACGGACAGCUCCCGGACAUUAAGGCGUACCAAGCACCGUGCAAGAACCCAGCACUGUUCCCGCCACCGGUGCUUGAUAACUCGAUAAUAAAGCACUUCGCCGGCGUCUACGAUUUUGCUAAGAAUCCCGAAUACAAGGCGCUCCUGCAAGAGUCCUACAACCAGGCUGUGUUACAAUCGCUGUACGCUCCGCACUUGGGGGUAAAUUACCCGAAUUUACCCUUAUCGUAUAUGUAUUACCCCGGACAUCCAGCGUUCGGGAUGCCGUGCGACAUGAAUGGGGAGACUAGCGACAAGUACGGGGGUAACAGGGGUAACGGGGGUAACAAAGGUAACGAGGCUAACAAGGGUAACGAUAAAUGCAAACCAAUGGACGUCAACGAGAAUAGCAACGAUAGUGUUGCGAGCAACAUAGAAGUCGAAAAUUAAAACAUACGUUACAAUAGGUACCUAAUAGUCUUAUUAAAUAUAUAUAUAUAUUAGUCACACGCGUCGGCCAUUUUGUUUGUUGUGAUCCCGUAUACGUUGUUAUAUGAUUUUAAUAAAUAAGGCGAAUAGAGAAAUUUUAAUAUGAAUAAAAAAAUGAAUAAAAAUUAUAUAAUGAGAAUUAGGUAAAAAUUGGCACUGGUUAUUAAUUGUAUUUAAUUUAUUUUUAAUCUAUGAAACCAGUAUUAUUAUUUUUCUUUUUAUGAAAUUUCACCAAAGAGUUCGUCAGUCAGUUUGUUGGCUUUGUGUUUAUUGUAAAUACUGUUUUUAUUCUAUAUAAGAUUGUUUCUAGCACAUUAUGUAAAUAAUUAGCUGUCAAAGUUUAAUAAAUAAGAUAUUUAGUUGA